GCCGAAGCAAGCCCCCACCACUCACCUUGCGACGUUCUGGAAGAAGAGAACUCCCACGGCAACAUCAGCAGUUUCGCGAGAACCGGCAAAAUGCAGAUUUUCGUGAAGACCCUCACGGGCAAGACUAUCACCCUUGAGGUGGAGUCUUCCGACACCAUCGACAAUGUCAAGUCCAAGAUCCAGGACAAGGAGGGCAUCCCCCCCGAUCAACAGCGCCUGAUCUUCGCCGGAAAGCAGCUCGAGGACGGCCGGACCCUGUCCGACUACAACAUCCAGAAGGCCCGUCUCCCACUCCGUGCCACCAACUGCCGUAAGCGCGCUUGCGGACACACCAACCAGCUUCGCCCCAAGAAGAAGCUCAAGUAAACGAUACGCCGCCUCGGUGCGCUGGCAUGUCAUGGAUAUGGCGUCUGGGACUGGUAUCGGCAAUUUGGUUGGGGGAUGGGAUGGUGCGAGGCAGGGAGCAUAAUCCUGGAGCCCUUUCUACGCGUGGUAGUUUGCAUGCGAUUCUUAGGCGAUUCUCGAU